AUGAAAAGGUGCCUCUGCCCAAGACAACUGCUUUGUCGAAGCCGCAGGACCUCCUGCUCGCUACACCGCCCUGCCUUCGUUUUCCAGAACCGGUUACGUUCCCCCCUCGACGGGGGGCCUUCGAGCCGGCGACAAUGGAGUCGCCCGUUUUCCGCCAGCGCUGCUAGUGCUGCGAAGCACAGCAAGCUAUUCGAGAGUUAUGUGACGGGUAUGCCGCCGAAGUGUCCAGUAUAUGGGAUAAAGCAGCAGAAGGACCCGAAUUCUUGGAUUCCGUCGCUGGAUAAGUACCUUACGCCGUCGUUGCGCGAGGACGAAACCGAGGAUUUGUACGCGCGAGCCCAUGGACUAGCUACAAUCUUGUCCUAUGCGAGGUUUUACGGCAAACUCGAUCUUCUGAGUCAUCUUGGAUAUGGGUUGAACCGGUGGUCUGAUGUACACAAUUUGUUGAAUGUGUUGCUGGAUGCGGCGGAUGGUACCCGGCAUCCAACUCGGGUGUCUCUGUCAAGUCUGGAUUGGGGCUCUGAUGCCGGCUUUACUUUGGAGAGACUUACAAGGCAUGCUCCAUUGCUGACGAAUGUUAAGGUCAAGAAAAGCCCUGAAUCGAAAACACCAACUUUUAGAGAUUUGACACAGCGGUCAUUUGCAAAUGAUUUUUCAGAGCUUCUUAUGUCACAGGUGUGGCAGAGCUUAGGUUCUAUUGUUUUACAGGCAGCGGAUCGAUCUCCCGAUGAGUUGAAGUUGGGCAUGUCCUUUGUCUUCCGUACCUUGGCCCGUUUGCACCAUUCCGGCGCCAUAUCGGACAACAUCUACAAAUGUGCGAACCCAGAUCCCAACCUGGCGACGUAUCGGCCUCCAGGGAUGCAUUUGCUAUCAACCCAUAUCAUGAAUGUUCUGUCGGAGACGGCUUGGGGGGUCCACGAAGCGGAAGUUGCGGCCAAAGCGGCCGAGAUGGGCGUGAAAUCUCCAUAUGUCCCGUUCAAAAUGGGUAUACGAGACCUAGGGCCAGAGAUAUGGCUGGAGCUUAUACUGUGGUGCUGUAUUGAGCAUGGCUAUGUCAGGGAAGGGCUAUGGUUAUUAGAGCAGAUGAAAGCGCGCACGGAUGAUCUGGCCUGGAGCUUUCAGAGCUGGGAGCCUCUUCUGCGCGACGGAGGCGCGGCCGUUGUCGAAAAUACUAGCAUUGACACGGAACAGUUCUGGCGCCGUCCUGGCGAUGAUGCCCCCGUUCAACAACAAACGGGACAGAAGCGCAACACUAUUUUCCACGGCCUGGCGAAACGGACGAUUAGCACUGAGGUUGCCGCAUCGUUGCGAGACUGUUUUGUCAACUUUGUGUACCGGGGAUUGGGUUACCGUGGGUUAUCACCCACUGAGCUGUCGGAGGUUAUUUCUCGUGUCGAUGCGCUAGUCGAAGCUCCUGAGUCGACGAAAGAACUGCAGCCAACUACCAAGGAACACAACUGGCUCACUGCCCGCGUCCUUCAAUCCGCUGGAUUAGACAUUAAUGCAGACCCUCAUUCGACGGGAAAGUUCCUACGCAGUAGCCCCCAUGUGGUUGGCCCAUGGAACGAUGGAUCUCUAGUUGUUGAAGGUGAAGGGGACCUGGAGUGGUUGACUCCGUCGCAGUUAUAUGAGGAGACUUGUGCGUUUCGCGGCCUGACAGAAUACGUUGUCAGGUCAUAUGCUGUUCAACGCCAAGCGGGACUGGCUUUUAGCUCUUUUGGCUUCUUGCAAGAAGCUAUCGAUACAAGCAAAUCACGACAUAUCCAGGAGUUCUUAAAACGGCUUAAGCAAUCCGACCCUGACGAUAUCCCUGUGGCAGACAAGCGCACUCGCGAACUCGAACAUGGAAAGCCAGAGACAUCAAUCCCGCAGGUGUCCAACGUAACAUACGCGCAGCUAGUGGACCUCGCGACAAUAACCAAAGCAUACCCUUUCGCCAACUGGCUCCUCUUCUCCAACGACCUAGACGGCCCGCCAAUCCGACGCAGCGAAUACGGAAACCAGACCCUCGCACCCUCCCUCCUCCGCUACGCAGGUGCCACAGGAAACAUCGGACUCCAAAAACAAGUCGUCUCCUCACUAUCCCAACCCUACUCCCUAAACACCCUCCGAGCCCUCGUCAGCUUCCGCAUCCUAACAGGCGACUGGGACCGCGUCACCCUCAUGCUCGAAUACAUCCGCAACCACCGCCUCAAAUCCUGGGGCCACGGCAACAUCAUGCUCCUAGCCGGCAGCAUCCUACGCAUGGAACGCACCCUCCACAAACCCUCUAACCAUGCAACCCCCGACGAAAAACUCCAAUCCCUCCACAAAGCAAAAACCAUCCUCACCCGCAUCCUAAACGGCGACUUCAACGACCUCAGCCAACGCACAGGAAACAAAGCCCAACUCCGCACCCUCCGCUCCAUCUACCGCAUCUUCCUCUCCCUCCCAGGCCCCCUCGCCGACAUCGCCGCCCAAUCCACCUUCCACACCCACCAACACCAAAACCCCCGCUCCCGCCACUCAACCCCCUUCAUCUCCCCAAUCGCCUUCCACUACCUCCUCUCCGCCGUUGUCGACACCCAAGGCAGCGCAGCCGCCAAAUCCCUCUGGGACAAAUGGUGUCUCGAACCCUCGCAGUCCCCAAAACACACCCGCUACCACGAAGGCGGUAUCUGGCGACUAUACGAGACCUUCGAGCGGGACCACCGCCGCGGCGAUCCGAAUUUCAACGCGCCCUGGCGAAAACAGUUAAACGAGAAAGUCGUCUCGCCGAACCUCAACACCGUCCGCGUCAUCGCACAAGGCGCAGCGAAGGAAUACGCGCAUUUCACACAGUACCUAACAAGUCUCGAACUCGCUGCCGCAACGAAGCGUGAGAUAGAAAAGAUCAUGGAGUGGUGUGUGCGGCAGUUCCAGGUGCUGCGGUUGCCGGAGGAGGAGAUUAAUCGGGAGGUGUUUGAUCAUUUGAAGAGGAUGAGGACGAGGGAGAGGGUUAGGCAUCGCGAGGAGGUCGCGGAGAGGGAGAGGGAGAAGGAGAGGAUUAGGGGGUUUGUGGAGGCGCAGAGGUUGAUGGAUGAGCGGUGA